GGCACAAUAUGCAAUCAUUAAAAUAUACACAGAAGUUUUUCAUCUUAAUUCCUUGCUCUGGAUGUUUUUGUUUGUGUGUGUGUGUGUGUGUGUGUGUGUGUGUGUGUGUGUUUGUUUGUUUGUUCUAAACAUGCUUACAAGCUAAAAAAAAUAAAAAUAAAAAACCUACCUCCCAACCAAAGAUCUAGAUUGGUGGAUCAAUAAACCAUCCAGUUUUCUGUCAAUCUGAUUCAUUCCACAAUUUCCAGUUUCCUUGUUAAACAAAAGAGAUGCAUACAUAUUUUUCAUUUCGUUACAUAAGGAUACUUGGUUUCACACCAUAUCCGAGUUCAGCAGGUAAAGGUUUCCUUAAUAUGUUGUUUACAUACUGCCAUCACCACACAUAACCGUGGUUUUGUUUUGCUUUUGUUUUAUUUUGUUGUUUGCCUCGAAGGUGGUAAGUUGGUUCUGGUGUUUAUGUAAGUCAAAUGUCUCAAAGGCCCUAAGGAACUGCUUAAUUAAACAAUUACUUAAAGAUUUUAGAUGUGUGCAAGGCUUGUUUCUGCUGUGUUCACUUUCAAGUUGGUUCUUUUUGUUAUGUUCUUUUAUCGUCUGUUGACAGGUUUGAAUCCAAUUCCGUCUUCGUGAUGGCACAGUACAAUCAUCCUUCCAUGGCAGAGACAAUCAAGUUCGGGUGAUAUUAGAGUAAAAUAACUCUAAAGUAAGAUUGCACCCUCUCUGCUGAGUUAAACUCACAAAUGUAAGACGCGGCUGCUGUGCCUUUUAUAAGCCUCCCAGCGAUGCGGAGCAUGGUACCUGCAAGCUACAAUUUCCAGUGACUGUGCUGUAGCGCUGGCAGAUUCUUAAGUCAUUUGAUAGUCUGUAGUGCUCUGCAUGUUAUGUGAAGCAGAAUGCAUUUGUCUCCGACGCUCCCUCAAUCACUACAAUACCCCAAUACCCACGGGGAACCUUUGGCCUCAGCUAAACUUAUGCUGUGGGUUUCUUGUGGGCUCACCCCACCCCUCCUUUCUAUUGAGCCGAAUGGACAUGCACGGUAUUUUCAGUGCUUAGGCCUUCCAUCCUAGAACAGUCACGAAAGAACCAAUAAGAAGGGCCUUCCAAACCUUUUAUCUAAGAAGACAGGCCUCAUAAAGCAGAAGCUGGACAACUGAAAUAUUCAAAGGGAGGAGAGACAGGUGUGCGGACUGGGGAAACAAGACAGGAACAAGCUGUGCUCCAUUGAACUACAUGGGCUCAUUCUGAUUUUGUUUUUUUCCCCACCAGCCUACCAGAAAGGCAAACUGUCUAGGACAGAACAAAGUCUUUGUAAUGGUGCUUUUUAAAAAUUCCAUAUGUAAAAGCUGCCUUGCCUUUGUUCUGUGUCUGCUGUGUGAGUGGUAAUAACCCACCAAGGCAUACAUCCUCUUGCCAGAGUUACAUGUUAGAGGAAUAAAGAGUUAAAAACACCCAGCAUGACUGCGGUAAACUGCGAAGAGAACGAACACUGAAAGACAACCUUGUUGCAUUUUUGCAGGAACUUUUAGCUCCUGUUUUAGUUGGGGUGAAGGAAAAGAAAAUCCUCAAACCUCACCUUUGUCCCUGGGUACUCCCCCAUACUGAGUAGGCUUGUUCGCAGCCCGAGGACGGCAGGCUCCAGCGCCCAUAGGUGGCGCCCCUCGUCCGUGCUUGCGCAUCUCCCGGCUCUCCAGGCGCAGCUCGGAACCCCGCGUGUCUCCCCGGGUCUUUAGAGCCCAGAGACUGCGUUUUAAUAAAUACGAGUGGUGCCAACGCGCUCCAGCCCCGGGGUUCAGAGCAGCAGACACAUAAACCCAGGCAGGAAGAGCCUCUUUAAUGUCUGCCAAAAGCUGACAUUUCACUAACCGGAGAUUUUGGAAUCGCAGUUUAAAACCAUUAAAUUACCGAGGCUUUUCCUCUCUUAAAAAAUACUUUUCCUUUUUUUUUUUUUUUUUUUUUUUUUUUUGGUACCCUCUCCUCUUUAAAAUUAUGAAUGUGGCCACUCCGUUCAAGAUCAAGACUUGGAGGGAAUUUGGAAAAGAAAAAGAAUCUGGAAGAAGAAACUCGGCUGGUGCUUCGGAGGGCGCCUAGUUUUAAGAAGGUACCUAAGAGAACUGUCCUAGAUGUCUAGGUGAGAGACGGAUAUCGGGGCUUGGCAAGGUGCUACGGGGAAGUCACAGGGGACUCCACAGGGCUGUGGAUUCUAGCACGGAGGGAGCGAGGAGUCCUUAGUUGCCAGCUCCGAGCUGUGCUUUCUGGAGACUGGAGCUGAGGAGGGGACCCAGGGAUCCUGUUAUUGAGGUUCAGGAUAGGUGUACUGACUGGGGAACUAUUCCGGACCCGAAGGAGGCAAACUGCGCGCCUUGGUGCGGUGCGGCUCCUGGCUUCGGCGCGGCUCAACCCGAGCGGGUAGCAAGUAGGUUCCAGGCACGGUCGUGCGUGCGCUGAGCAGCGCUCGGUGUGGGGCUCUCUGGGCUCUCGGGGCCGGGGCGUGGUGUGCUUGCGGAGCGGGAUCGGACCGAGAGGAGAGGAGGCAGGGCGGGGCGGAGCAGUUAUUGGCCAGGCGCUGGGAGAAGGGUCGUGCUCCGAGGUGUCCUCCUCCCGCUAGCUCCCGCCUGCCUCAUUUUCUCUAAGCAGAACAACUUCUCCGACAUCGGUACUCGCCCGUCAUGGACAUUCCAGGUCCGCAGGUGCCUUCCUUCUGAGAAUCAUUUGGCCUUGACCAUCUGAGGCGAGCACCCAGCCCAGAGAAGGCUACUACUCUAGUCCUGCGCGUUCCUGUGCGCACCCAGGCAGCCCUCCGGCUUCUGCCGGCCUUGACGUUCACAGGGCGCCCCCCAGCCCAGAUGCCCGCGCCUGGCCAGGGCCCCAGAGGGCCGCUGCUGAGCAUGCCCGGGCGCCGGGGGGCGCUGCGUGAGCCAGCCGACUUUGGCUCCAGCCUGGGGGCGGUGCUGGCCCUGCUGUUGCUGCUGCUGCCCGCCUGCUGCCCCGUAAGGGCUCAGAACGACACGGAGCCCAUCGUGCUAGAGGGCAAGUGCCUGGUAGUGUGCGAUUCCAGCCCAUCGGGGGAUGGCGCCGUCACUUCUUCCCUGGGCAUUUCUGUGCGCUCAGGCAGUGCCAAGGUGGCCUUCUCCGCUACUCGGAGCACCAACCACGAGCCGUCAGAGAUGAGCAACCGUACCAUGACCAUCUACUUCGACCAGGUCUUAGUAAACAUUGGCAACCACUUUGACCUUGCCUCCAGUAUAUUUGUAGCACCAAGAAAGGGAAUUUAUAGCUUCAGCUUCCACGUGGUCAAAGUGUACAACAGACAAACUAUCCAGGUCAGCUUAAUGCAGAAUGGCUACCCGGUGAUCUCUGCAUUUGCCGGAGACCAGGAUGUUACCAGGGAAGCAGCCAGCAAUGGUGUUCUGCUGCUCAUGGAAAGAGAAGACAAAGUUCAUCUCAAACUAGAGAGAGGCAACCUCAUGGGAGGCUGGAAAUACUCCACAUUCUCGGGCUUCUUGGUUUUUCCUCUAUAGACUCAGAGCCACCAGGAUGAUGGGAAGGUUUUGAUCAGGACCCAGGGAUCUGCCCCCUGUAACACCUUGAACUUGUCUGGAUAGGAUGGCUUGGGCCCACCUCCAUCAGAUUAUUGCUGUAGAAGAAUGACUUUCUUCUAAAGCUCCAGUAUUUUCUUUGACUAUUGACAAUUCCUCGGGAACCUGGCCUCUAAUUAGUUUAAGAAGACAAGGUCUUAAGGAGAAAUGAAAUUAUCGAUUUGAGCAAUUUGUACCCGUGAUUGUAAAGUCGAUAUCGGAUUUUAUUGUUGGAACCAUUGGCUUAACUUCUCAUGUUUGUACGGUGUAUCUUGUCCUGAUGACAUAGAUGCUGCUGACCCUCAGAUGGAUUGCACGCUUCAGUCAGGGCUUAAAGCAAGAGCCCAGCAGAGGACCACCUAACCAGACAGUCUUUGACCUGUGUUCUGUGUGUGUGUAGCCUUAAGAAAAAGAAUGGCUUCAUUUUCAUUCCGUAGCUUUUCCCUAGGGUCUUGGGGGUCUUGGGAGGGAGCUGGGCAUUGGUAACCUGUCGAAAAGUGCUUUAUCCUGAGAAGCAAAUUUUGCACGAUUGGACUGCAGUUUCUGUUUUGUACCGUCUGUGAUUUUCUUUUUUCCUCGGGAAGCUUUCCUUUUCUUCCUCAGGUUUCACUCCUCAAACCUACUUAGUUUUCAUGCUGGGGGCUCGGAGAGAAAAACAAAACAAAACAAAACAACAAAACUUAUGUUCAGUCCUUGUAUGAGACCAAACAAAACAGAACAAAAUCUGCAUACUUUGUUUUGGAUAAAGGAAACCAGGAAAAAAAAAAAAAGAAAGCCUAUAUUUCAAAGUAAGGACAGCAAAUAGAACAUCCUGCAUAACCUGCAUAACCUUCCCUGGAGUUCUCUCUCAGUGCAGCUUCAAACUUGCAACGUGGAUUUCAUUUUUUUUUUUUUUUAAUUUAUUCUCUGGGAUCCCUUAGUAACCUGGCAUUGCUCAUUGCUCAUGAAUCCCUUAACAAUGGCGGAGCUGACGCGGCCUAAUCCUCUCUUUGCUUUUCCUCUGGAUAUGUCUCAGUAGUGAGUUAGAUCUGCCUCUGAGUGGCCACACAAUUACAAGAUGCUUCAAAGAAACAGGACCAGUGCCUCUUCCUCGAGAUCUUCCUUUGAUCUGUCAAGGAGAGGGUUGUGUUGACUGAUGCUCUGUGGAUGAACAUCUGGCCAGAAGCCACCUGGACUGGAAAUCUCAGCAGUUAAAGGUACUGGCUGCUGUACCCCAUGGGUGGUUUUUUCAAACCCUGCUUCUUUUGGCAUCUUGUGCAACAGCACUAUUAAGUAGCAACUGAGAGACCUGGUGCAGUAUUUGUGUGCCAAGGAAACGUCACUAAUCCCAAAGCAAUCAAAGAUGUGACCUCAAACUGGAUGUUAAUUUGUCCUUUGUGUAACAAUGUAACCAAAAUAUUGAUGAUAAAACUCAUAAUUUAAGAUUCAGAAUAAAUGGAUUUGAUGUCUG